AUGGCAGCAUCUUCAGAUGGAAGUUGGUUCGGUCAACACUGCAAUGUCGUCUCCGUUGGCAAUGCCUCCAUCGGCAAAAUCCAAACUGGCAACGCUCCUUCCACUGCUAUUGGCAACACGGCAAUUGUCCGACGCACCGCUCCAAGGGUCACCCGCGCGUCAGAGAAGAGAAAGGAACAAUAUGAUCAUCGGCCUAGGCGGAACAGGAAAUGGGUGAGACACAGAGAGGUCGCCGAUAGCUACGAUAAAGACAAGAAUCUCGAGUUACGAACUGAAGUACCCUCGCCCAAGCCGACCACAUCACGCAAUAAAGUCAUUGCAAUCAACCCACCGCCAGUUGCAGAGGAUUCAUCUACCUUUAAGGGUCCAAUAGCUUACCGCUUUCGAUGCCUUCCUCAUGUUCUCCCAUUCGUCAUGGACAACGAGAACGGCGAUGGUAUCACUAUCACCAUGAACAUCGAAGGAGCUGGACGAGGCAUGAAGAUCCGCGUCGACUCAACUAGCGUCACCGUAACUGCAUCAAAUCUUCUCAUUUUCGGGUUCCCCACCACAACCAGUGCCUCUUCAACGAAGUGCAGUAAUGCGAAGAAUAACCUGAAAGCACAAGACUCGUCGCGUAAUAUGUCAAGAGACAAUCGCGAGAAAUAUGAGCUGACGAUAUUACGUUUCACUAUUCAGCUAAUACACCAGGCGCCCGUCAAAUUCCUGCCCGCCUUUUCCUAA